AUGGAGGAACUGGGAAUUACGCCGGCCCCUGAGCACGUUACAGAGGAGAAAUCCGCUGUCAAAUCUUUCGGAUCCCUACUGGCAGAGUUACAACAAAAUAAGGCUAUUAACGGCAAUGUCAUCAACAUAUCCGGUGGUGCAAGCGCUGAUGUAUAUUUAAAGCUGAAGAAAUUGGAGAAAGAGCUAGAAUUGCUCGUUUUACAGGAGGACUACAUCAAGGAUGAGCAGCGCCAUUUGAAACGUGAACUGCUGAAGGCUCAAGAGGAGGUCAAGAGAAUCCAAUCUGUGCCAUUGGUUAUCGGGCAGUUUUUAGAACCUAUAGAUAAUAGCACAGGUAUUGUAUCGAGCACCACUGGUAUGAACUACGUGGUAAGGAUUCUAUCUACAUUGGAUAGAGAGCAGCUGAAGCCAUCCAUGUCUGUCGCUUUGCACCGCCACUCUAACGCUCUGGUUGAUAUUUUGCCUCCAGACUCAGACUCUAGUAUAGCUGUGAUGGGUGAAAACGAGAAACCAGACGUCACCUAUGCUGAUGUCGGUGGGUUAGAUAUGCAAAAACAGGAGAUAAGGGAGGCGGUGGAACUGCCUCUGACACAAGCAGACUUAUAUGAGCAAAUUGGUAUUGAUCCUCCAAGAGGUGUAUUGUUGUACGGUCCUCCAGGUACCGGUAAGACCAUGUUAGUUAAGGCAGUCGCUAAUAGCACAAAUGCUGCUUUUAUAAGAGUGAACGGUUCUGAGUUUGUCCAUAAGUACUUAGGUGAGGGUCCAAGAAUGGUCCGUGACGUUUUCAGAUUGGCAAGAGAGAACGCUCCAUCCAUCAUUUUUAUUGACGAAGUCGAUUCUAUUGCCACGAAGAGAUUUGAUGCGCAAACGGGUUCUGAUCGUGAAGUUCAGCGUAUUUUGAUCGAACUGCUGACACAGAUGGAUGGGUUUGACCAAUCGACGAAUGUAAAGGUUAUCAUGGCAACAAAUAGAGCAGACACACUAGAUCCUGCCCUGUUAAGACCUGGUAGAUUAGACAGAAAAAUCGAAUUUCCAUCCUUGAGGGAUAGGCGUGAGCGUCGUUUGAUUUUUGGAACUGUUGCUGCUAAGAUGGCACUAGCUCCAGAAGCUGACUUGGAUUCUUUGAUUAUUCGCAAUGACUCAUUAUCGGGGGCAGUCAUUGCCGCUAUCAUGCAAGAGGCUGGUCUGCGUGCGGUAAGGAAGAACAGAUACGUCAUAUUACAGAGCGACUUGGAGGAAGCAUAUGCAUCUCAAGUCAAAACAGAUAGUGAUGUGGACAAGUUUGAAUUUUACAAAUAA